GGUGGUUACCCGGCGAAGUUAAAGAAGGUGCUAAUAGUGACGGCGCCGCUGUGGUUCAAGGCGCCGUUCCGCAUCCUGCGGCUGUUCGUGCGCGAGAAGCUGCGCGAGCGCGUGCACACGGUGAGCGCGCCGCAGCUCGGCGUGCACGUGCCGCGCGCCAGCCUGCCCCGGCAGCUCGGCGGCACGCACGACACCGACCACACUGCCUGGUUGGAACAUUGCAGAAACUGCUACACGAAUAACAUACAGAACUCUAAAUUAGACGGAGUCAUCGAUGAAUAUGUAAUCAGCAAUCACAUACCCCCGGUCAAACCCCAAAAUGGUAUAAUAGAGCGCGAGGGAGAUCGUGACAUGACCAGUGACCACGCGGUGCGGCUCGGCGACAACACAGACAUGCACAUCAGCGGCGACCCGCCGUACACCUGCGACCCCAGCCCCUUGAGGCACACACACGGCUAUAAUGGCGACAUGAAAGGGCGACACAUAAAUUCAGGAGAUGAAGACGACUUAGACAUUAGCACGCGCGGCACGUGGUCGUCGGGCGAGGCGUCGCCGGGGCUGUCGGACGAGGAGUGCGGCGGCGGCGGCGGCGCGGGCGAGGCGCCCGCCGCGCUGCUCGCGCGCCUGCGCACGCUCGGCCGCCGCGGGCUCGCCGCCGAGUACGACGACAUCCGCGCACGCCCGCCGCACGGCACCUUCCACAACGCCAAAUUGCCGAGUAAUCUAGCCAAAAACCGCUACACGGACGUACUGUGCUACGACCAUUCGAGGGUGGUGCUCUCGCAGGUAGACCCCGACGACCCCACCACGGACUACAUCAACGCGAACUACGUAGACGGGUACAAGCAGAAGAACGCGUAUAUAUGUACACAGGGUCCAUUGCCAAAAACGUUUGGCGACUUCUGGCGCAUGGUGUGGGAGCAGGGCACGCUGGUGGUGGUGAUGACGACGCGCGUGAUGGAGCGCGGCCGCGUCAAGUGCGGGCAGUACUGGCCGCUCGGCGUCGGCGCACGCGCAGUGCACGGCGGGUUCGCAGUCACCACGGAGGCCAUCGACCAAGAAGAUGAUUUUACUAUUACACAUUUGUUGCUUACGGAUUUGAGGACGGAGGACUCGCGGCGCAUAUGGCACGGGCAGUACACGCGCUGGCCCGACUACGGCGUGCCGGGCGGGGCGGGCGGCGCGGGGGGCGGUGCGGGGGGCGCGGGCGGCGCGGCGGGAGGGGCGGGCGCGCGCGCGCUGCCCGUGCUGCGGUUCCUGGCGCUCGUGCGCCGCGCACAGCAACGCGCGCUCCACGAAUUGGGAGAUGCUUGGGCGGGCCACAGUAAAGGACCGCCAAUUGUCGUACAUUGUUCAGCGGGCAUAGGACGAACAGGCACGUUCCUGACGCUGGACAUCUGCGCGGCGCGGCUGGCGGCGGAGCGCGCGGUGGACGUGCGCGGCACGGUGGAGCGCAUCCGAGCGCAGCGCGCGCACUCCAUACAGAUGCCCGACCAGUACGUGUUCUGCCACCUGGCCAUCAUCGAGUACGCGGUGAUGCACGGCUACUUAGAAUCAGCCGACCUGUCCGGCUUCGACGACGAUAAUGAAGACGAGUCGGAAUGAAGACUAUCGCGUCCGUCCUGCAGCAUGCUGUGAGUGCUGCGAGUGUGGCGAGUGUGGCGAGUGGCGCGAGUGGUACAAGUGGUCGCGCCGACGUGCCGCGGCGAGCCCGUGCCGCGAGUCCACCGGAAUGGCGCCCUCGUCCAAACGAAACGUUCAGCGCUUAGCCUAAGCAUAAAUACUACAUAAACAAAACGUUCCUGUAGCGUCGAUAAGAACUCAGGUAUUUGGAAGGAAACCUCGUGAAUUCAAGUAUUUAUUUGCAUAUUAAAAAUCUUUAAUAACCAAAAAAUAUUUCCAUAAUUAUUUAUAAUCUUAUAAUUUAUUUAUAUGUUCUAAGAAGUAUGGCUGUGUGAAGAUUUCGCUUGUAAUUUAUGUAAAAUUAGUUAUGUUUUAUAUUUCAUUAUUCUCUUUGUGGAUGUUAAAGUUCGAUGUUCGACGGAAAUUAUCAAAUGUUGUUACACUAUAUAUAUAAUAUGUAUAUGUAUAGGUCGAGGUGCUUGAAUCAUUCAUAUCGCGUCUACGGUUUCAUCUCCAUUGUACCACGACAUUUCCACAAUGACGUGUAAAUACGAGUACAUUACAUUAUAUAAUCGACUGAAGGACUUGUCAUCUUAUAUCAUUUAUAUUAUUCACUAAGCGUUUAGGCGUCGUUACGAAUUACUAAUAAAUUUUACAUGAAGAUAGACUGAGUAAUGUUAAUAUGCUCCACAUUACGAGCGACCCACCAACGCAUGGAGGCCCCGUCUCGGGCUACAUACACGGACUUACAAUUUGUUUCUUGUAACACAUCACUGUCAUGUAUCAAACGUACGUUAGUAAAGGCACACGGCUGCAGAUAUAUUUUCAGAGAGUAGCGACAUAUCUAUUCACAAAUAUAGUUUAUAUCGCCGUCCUUACGCAACAGACAUAUCGCUAGACGUCUCGUGGCCAAGUUUCCUUCCUGCACAGUAUAACGAAUCUCUUAGCAGCGGACACCGUCACUUCAGUCCUCGUGAUCAUGCUUGACUCGUGCUCUUGUUAAAGUGUUCGGAGCAUACAAACUUCCAAUUCUGUAUCGAUUUAGAUCGACUUAUUUUUCGGCCGCGGAAACUAUGUUAUUGUGGAUCGAAUGAGCUAAUUCUGCGUUGGAAAAUGUGCCGCCCUAAAUCUGAAUUAUGAAAUAAAUAAAUUUCUCUUAUUAAAUAUUGUUUAAGGUUUAAGAAAAUUGUUAAUUCUGGAGCAAACUGUUGAUUCUUGUAUCUGUAAAUAUUUUAAUUUUCUGUUUUAAAUCUAAAUUAAAACCCUCGUGGUCUAUGUGUGAAAUAAAAGAAAACUUGUAAUAUAUUA